AUGGCGUUGAUGAAGGUAAAGUUUGACUUGCUCAAACGGGUGAAGCUUGCCCAGGGCCUGUGGCUCAUGUACUGGCUGGCAGUGAUGACCGGCAUCCUGGUCUUCAGCUUGGGGCUGUUCUUUAAGAUCGAGCUCCGGAAGAGGAGUGAGAUGAUGGACAACAACGAAAGCCAUUUUGUGCCCAACCUGUUGAUCCUAGUAGGCCUAGCUGCUUGCGGGCUCAAUGUUUUUGGGGGCAAGGUGUGCCACGACUCUCUGGAUGCUGUGAAGUUUGCCAAGUGGAAGCCCAUGGUCAAGGGCUACCUGAUGGGUUGCUUCGCUUUCAACAUCCUCCUGUUCUUCACAGCUCUGCUGUGUUUCUGCAUGCAGUUCCAGCUGUACUUCGCCCUGGCUGAGGGUCUGAAGAAUGGGAUAAAAUACUACAAGGAUACGGAUACACCUGGACGCUGCUUCAUGAAGAGGACGCUGGACAUGACCCAGAUCGAGUUCCGCUGCUGUGGCAACAACAACUAUAGGGAUUGGUUUGAGGUCCAGUGGAUCAGCAACCGCUAUCUGGACUUCAGCAACGAUGAAGUCAAAGAGUGAGUACUGAAAUCAGUAGCUGAGUGAGAGCAAUGUUGGGUCUUUUGAUUGAGAGAAAAGGGCUAUUUUAGGAAAGAAACUGUUGUUUAAUUCAUGCCAAGUCUUGUGAAACAUAUCUAUCAUUGCUGCUACAUAAGAGUCUUCCUCACUCCUAAGAGUCUUCCUUUACCCAUAUGGUCUCUUGUAAUCUUGUGCAGGAAGCUGGGGAUAGAAAAUGGGAAGAGAUAGCACAUGCUGUUGCUCGUGUAUGGUAGUGACAACUUAGUUAAUGUAUAACAUACAAAACAAGUAGUUUAGUUAGUCACCUACUUUCAAUUAUUUGCUACAUUUGGAAAUCAACACUUUUAUUGGGACAAAAUGCUAUAUUCAUGAAAUGGGUGGAGUUUUUUGGGGGGGUGGAGGAUUGUACCUUAACCUUUUUCAAGGUGUACCUUAAAGGGGGUCAGGACAGGAUAUAUGUAGAGAGCAUUAAAGAAUGGUGAGAUGCAGAGGAUACCAGUGUAAGUGGAGUCAGGUUCAAGUGCCAAGUUCUGAUAAGCAGAUAAUCCACGUCCUUCACAGUUUACUGUCCCCCUAAAUCAUAAUAAGACAGCCGUUAACUGUCACUAAUAGACUGACACUUAACGCAAACACACUACCCCCUCUCCUCUCCCCAAUAACGUGCCCUGCUGGCAACUGAUACCAUAUUUACUCUAUUUAGAUUCUGAUUUUAAGGCAUUGAUUAAAGGGAUAGUUCACCUAGAUUACAAAAUGGCACAUUGGUUUCCUUACCCUGUAAGCAGUAUAAGCAUAAAGGAUGACAGCAAUCCAAGCUUUGGUUUUGUUUACCUGGCCACUGUUUUAAGUGCUAACUUUUUAGCAUUUGUGGCACAAAUCCACAGCAAGUCAAUGGUACCUAUAUUAGAAUUGUCGCGCUUCACGCCAAAUCAACUAUAAGUAACUUUGUUGAGAUACACAACUAUUUUAAGAUUCUUUAGGAUAAUUUGGACAUGAGAGAAUAUAAGAAUAUAAUUGCAAGUGGGUGGCAAUGUGUGGAUAGUACAUGUGUAACAGUGUGCAUGUUUAAAUGCAUUAGAGUGAGUUUAUUUACAUAUGUAUACGUGUGUGCAUGUACAGUGUAAUUGACUGUGGAUCCGUGUUUAUAUGUUAAUUUACUUAAGAUAUACCGGCGGUCUCUCUCACUCACGAAUGAUCACAUCAAGAGGAUCCUUAUGAACCCGGUUUAAACUCGACACCUGUUAAUAUUAGCCAGAAGCCCCACAAAUUUUUCUCCUGUCAACAGAAAUUCAGCCUCUAUAUGAUACACCUGCGAAACACUGAUUGAUGAUUCACUCAUACAGUUAUAGUCUAAACUGACACUUGACAUGUGGCCAGUUACGAUCACAUACUUUGCCAUGUGAGCCGUUACCUUAUGUUUACUCUUCCUACCGAGGCUCAUGGGUUCACUGUUCAUAAUCACUGCCCUUACAUCAUUUAAAUCUCCAUGCCUCAUAUGUCUGUGUUAUGGCACUGACGUACACCUGUUACUUGAAUGACAUACUUUAUGUGUCACAUGGCUGACAUUAUUUGUGACGGGUCUCACGUGUCUCUCUUGGCCUUUCCACAGCCGUGUCCUGAGCAACGUGGAGGGGAAGUUUCUGAUGGAGAGUGUACCAUUCAGCUGCUGCAACCCCGGCUCCCCCAGACCCUGCAUCCAGCACCAACUGACCAACAACUCAGCCCACUAUGACUACGACCACCACACUGAGGAGCUUAACAUCUGGACCCGGGGCUGCCGCGAGUCCCUGGUCGCCUACUACGGAGGCAUGAUGAACAGCAUUGGGGGCCUGUUGCUACUGUACAUCAUACUGGAGGUGAGUAAGAAAAUAAUACAGAGAUGAAAGGGAAAUGGCUGGUGGCAUUCUCUGGAUGUCCUGUCAAUGUCCUUCACUUCAGAGGGUAGCUGGCUACAAAUGCUAAAGAUCAAUUCAUGUGACCUCACACACAAGACAAACAAGUAAUUGAUUAGCUGAUGAUUUGUUUCAAUUACCGUCUUAAAGGCAUGUGUAGGUAAGUAGCAGAGCAGGGCUAGGCCCAGGGGUAGGGAGAAGAGGAUUUGAAAAAGAAGGAUGUCCAUAGGUUUCCCAUUGUAGAAGACAACAGCCAUUUCUAAGUAUCUAGCUCAGUGAGUAUUAGGAAAGGUCCAGCUGUUCCAGGUUGGCCACAGCUGAACAGUUCAUUGGGCACACAUGCCAACCCUCCUGCCUUUGACUUUGGGAGAACACGUGGCACACAACAAGCCAACUAUCACUAUACCUUUGCCCUUCUGGCAAACAGGAACUAAAACAUGCCAUUUCAUGGUUGGUCUUAGCACUCACUUGGCUCGACUUGACUUCCAUCUAACUGACUUUCCAAAAGACGGAAGUGUUGAAAAUCUCAAGUAGAGCUCCAGUGUCUGAUCUAUGAUACACAGAUAUAUGAGCAUGAAUGCCACCCAUCCACCUACCCACCAAUAAAUACGCCUACCUUACCUUUGUUACCAUAUUUCUCUGUUUUAAAUGGAAUUUCAUUAUAAACUUUGAUUAUAAAAUUUGACACUCUUUUUUUCAAACAUCCCUAUAUUCACUGAGUUAUAAACUGACAGUGGGGAAAACUACCCUGGGCAGAUUAUAGCCCAUAACAACAGCUAAAGGAGUCUUGGGACUGAAAGGGUGAGGGAUUGCGUAACUGUGGGUGUGGUACACGCGGUGAGGGAGGAUCAGAGUUUCUUAGAGGGGUUAAUCUGGGCAGAGCAGUGAGCAACAGGUAGCCUUCCUGGAAGCAGGAUCUCACUGUACUAACUGACAGACUGAGCACUAACUGGGUUGCUAUCUGGGUCAAAACAACAACACUAAAUUGUCAGUUUGGGCCAAAUCCAAAUUUGAGAUCUGUGUCAAUUGAUUGAUGUCAAUUAAUGUCCAAUUGACAUCAAUGAGAGAUUUGAUCUAAAAGCCAAGCUUUAGUGACUAUAAAUCAAUGUUGAUUUGGAUCAGUGAUUAAUACAUUUAGAAUCACUGUUUUCUAAAUCUAAAAAAUAAUGAAUAGCAGAGAUCUUUGGGGGUUCAGAGGCCAUACAGAUUGUUUAAUUGCAGUGUGUCUGUGUAGAGGCUCUUUCAGUGAUGUAAGUAUCUUGUUUGUGUGGUCCUCAGGCAGGAGUGAUGGUGGGCUUACAAUACCUGACCACUUCUCUGGAGACCAUGGCAGACCCAGAGAACCCGGAGAGUGAGAGCGAGGGCUGGCUCCUAGAGAAGAGUGUGAAGGAGACGGUGGCAGACUUCAUAGCGAAGAUCAAGGGUCUGGCCGGUGCAGGGAACCAGGUGGGGGAGGGUGAGGAGGCGGUGGCCACUGUGAGUUGAGAGGGUCCCACCCAAAGGGACUGAGGCUUGUCCUAUCGAUGGGACCUCAAAGAGAAAGAGGAGUGAGAGGAGAGAGAUCUUCUCAGUGAAACAACACACAGACACAUACACUGUAAACACAUGAAAACAAAUGCAUACACAAACAUACCUACACAGACACAAACAUGGACGCACAUGCACACACCCUUUGAAAAGUGAAGAACUAAACCAACUGCUCAGAUGAAGUAAGAACCAAACUCAAAAAUGUGAAUGUAUAUCCUGUCCAUAAUAAUUCUGUAUAUAUGUUAAUCAGUCUCUUUUUUUUAAAUAAUGAAAAAUAUAUUUGGGUUGUCAAAACAUCUGUACAGUAUACACGAAUUUGGGCUUGUGAAUAUGAAGAAAAUGUAAUGAAUGAAUGAAUAAUCAUCCCCACCCCUGCCUGGCAAUCCUCUCCAUGAAAAAUGAUGGGCAGACCCUGAAACCAUCAAGCCUGAUACAGUUUAUCUAUGCUCAUAUCUAAUCGUUUUACCCCUAUGUCCUUGUUACACUCCACAACUUGUGUUGUGUGGACAUGUAACCCGAUAGCUACACAAAUAUAUAUGUCGUUCUGUGAAGUAAUGAGAAUUGAGUCUGCUCAAUUCAACUGAAGCUUCUAAUCCAAAACUCAACAUUACCAGUGCCCAAUGCAACCCGGUCAAUCGGUCACAUGUCCCCUUAUGGCAGCUUAAAUUGGGCAGCUGCGGAACCGGGGUUCUGGCUGUCCCUCCCAGCCCCCUGUCACAGUGUCCCCAUGCAGGUCCUGGCAGUGCAGGGCCAUAUGCAUUCACACCUAUACAACACACACUUUUACAUUUAUUAGUUAUGUAUCAGUGUUGCUAUUGGGUUAUUUGUCUCCUUCAUGUACGAGGCAGAUUUAACUCUGGUUUUGUACUCCUUUGAGGGGAUACAGUGGGCUGAGUGCCCAGAUGAAGUGCUGGGAGCACUUAUAAGAAGAAUGCUCUGUACUUUUUGGAGAGCGAAAGAUGAUCAGAUUGGCAUUUUAAAUCAGCAUACCUUGUGUGAGUACAUAGAGAUAUGGGUCAGUUUUCAGUGGAUACAAAAAGUCUUAUCAGUUGUAAUAUUUUUACUUUCUGUGUGAACACCAUUUUUCUUCCUUUGUAAUAUUGAGAGUUAAUAUAUUCUGUAAAUUUGGAUUUUGAUCAGCAAAACUGUCAGUCUUGUGGGUUGGCUGGAGAAUUUAGCAGCUCCAUUGUGUAAGAUAAAGAUAUAUAACGAGAACAAGAGUGUGAUUGUCCGUUUUGUCCAUGGGGUUUUGUCUGACAUGGGUCAUUUCUAAAUUGGUACUCCACACUUACAAUCUUCCUG